AUGUGGCGACAUACGGAAGCUGAAAUCCCAAAUUUAGAAAUAACUGAGGUUAGACCGGACGUAAGUCUAGUGGCCCGGAUCGUGACGACCGUUGGGAACUACGACUACAUUGUUGACUAUGAGUUCAAACCUAGUGGUUCCAUCAAAAUGGGGGUUGGCUUAACCGGUGUUCUAGAAGUUAAACCGGUGGAAUAUAUUCACACAUCAGAGAUCGGAGAAGAGGACAUCCACGGGACAAUUGUUGCCGACAAUACCGUCGGAGUCAACCACGACCACUUCGUAACGUUCCGUCUCGAUCUUGACAUCGACGGCACAACUAAUUCCUUUGUCCGAAACGAACUCGUGACCACAAGAACCGCGAAAUCUGUUAACACGCCGAGAAAAAGCUAUUGGACGACGAGGCCAAAGACGGUCAAAACCGAGGCGGAGGCUCGGGUGAAAUUAGGAUUGAAGGCGGAGGAGCUGGUGGUGGUUAAUCCUAACCGGAAAACUAAGCAUGGCAAUGAAGUUGGAUACCGUUUACUUUCUGGGCCAGCUACAGGCCCACUUUUGCCCCAAGAUGAUUUCCCACAGAUUCGGGCUGCAUUCACCAACUAUAACGUGUGGAUCACGCCAUAUAAUAGGUCGGAGGUUUGGGCAGGCGGUUUGUACGCCGACCGGAGCCAUGGCGACGAUACAUUAGCCGUGUGGUCUCAAAGGUAUUAUUUAGAUCUUUAUUAA